UCUAAUGGGCUAUUUGCCAUAUUUCUUUAAGGGGGUUUACUUAAUUCUAUAAACGUGCAAAAUAGCCAAGGUUUUUGUUAUGCGGUUCUUUUUUUUUUCUGCGAAAAUUAUACAAUAUUUUUGUCACCCUCUUGUUAUUUGAAUUGAUUCUUUUGAAAGCAAAAAAAGAAACUAUAAAAAUAAAUAGAAAAACAAUUAAAAGAAAAUGAACACGAACAGUUUUAAAAAACAAUUUUUAUUUUACAACAACAUAAAAAAAAGACAAUUUUAGUAGCCAUUUAGAAUUAAAACUAAUGACAACUAAAUUGUAAAAAAGCUAAAAAAAUAAGAAAAUUAAAAAAAUAAAAAAAAAAAUUUCAAAAACUUGAAUGAAAAUUUAUUAAAAAUUAAAAAAAAACAUGUGUGAAAGACGCAGUCCUUAUUUAACGGUAAAUCAGGCGGAUUUUAUAAGUUCCGUGGCACGUAAACGUCAUAUAACGCGUAAAAAUCGUAAAUUAUCUCCGCCGGGUCAAAGGUCAGCCAGUCCUGCCGAAUCAUUUGAUGAUUCUUUGCUAAGAAUGACCGCGGUUUCCUCGUCAGAGGAUUUAAGUUGUUCUAAAGCUUCUUCCCUUCAAUCUCUCAACCGCACCAGUUCCUCAGAAUCGCUGCGUAAACACCACAAAUCCAUAGAUAAUCUAUGUUUUGCACGCAAAAAGUUACAUCGUCGUGCCUAUGUUCAUGAAGUCUAUAGGCCACGUUCUUAUACCGAUCCCAAUUAUGAGGUUGGCGAGGGAGGUGAGCAGGAGGAGGAAAAACCUCCUCAAAGACCCUUAACUAUACCUAUUCUGCGUAUACCCGAAGAUGAUUCACAAUUGGGACAUGCAAGUGAUGACAAUGACGAGGAUAUGUCAUCAACAUCAGCACCCAAUGAAGAACGUAAACGUAGUGUUGGUGUUUUGGGUUCAUUACUCAAACAAACGCUGAAAGUAACUACCUCAACGAUGGGUCUAAGGGCGGCCAGUAUGGAGAGAUUAGCACCAUUGCGACCAUUAAGUGAAAUGAUAAACACCGAUUUUCAAGGUAAUUCCCAAAUGGAUUCUGAAAAUCUCCUCUAA